CAGGUGUACUUUGUGGUUCCAUGAUGAAUCCAGAGAACCCUCCACCAUAUCCAGGCCCUGGUCCGACAGCCCCGUACCCACCUUAUCCACAACAACCGAUGGGGCCUGCACCCUACCAACCAGGACCUAUGGGGGGACCCUACCCACCUCCCCAGGGGUACCCCUACCAAGGAUACCCACAGUAUGGCUGGCAGGGUGGACCUCAGGAGCCUCCUAAAACCACAGUGUACUUGGUGGAGCAGGAAAGGAAGACGGACAACGGGUGUCAGGCACUCCUGGCCGCUUGCUGGGCUGCUCUCUGCUGCUGCUGCCUUCUGGACAACUUGGAUUACUGAGCAGCCAAGACCCAAGUGCUCCUCCAGCCCUGUGGCUUCUAUGUGGGAAUAAACAGCUAGUGUUGCACCAUUUCCGUUUUUCUUC